AUGGAUUUGGCAGUCUUGAAGCGCACGCACCCAACCUGUCUACGUUCUUAUGUUCCUAACUUCUUGCGUCUUCAUUCUACUGUUUUACAUCAGAUUCGCAUGACUAGGCUGGAGGCUGCUAUUUCUGCGCGCAUACAUGCUCGGGGAUGGUGUCUUCCAGACCAUUUGCUCGUACAACGAAACACAAAUAAUGAGACUAUUCCAUUCGCUCACUCGAAUCAUUCGGCUACCACUGGUAUCGGAGUAUUCUUGGCUAAUCCUCUUACUGACACUUCACGCUGGCAUAACAAUACAACCGACCAUUCCUCGGCCAGCGAUGAUGAAGUCGAUGACACUGAUAGCGAAGAAAGUCAAGAAAUAGAGAAUGGAAAUCCUGGUUGUGGCAGAGGCAGCGGCUUCGACUCCCUGAAUACUUCUGAUGACUUCCUUGGCCUUGAGAAUCUGGAAGGUGGAGACUUUGGCGGCCUCUCUACCACGGAUACUACCGAAGCCAUUCUUCCUUGCACCAGGCGACACAAGGAGGCUUCGCGACGAGAACGUACUCGCCACAGACUCUUGAAACCACCCAAGCUUACAAAGCAGUUUCUACUUUCGCCACCUACUUCGCCUCCUGUCGGCUGGGAGCCUCGUGUUGAAGCAGAGCCUGUGGUAAACUACGAGCUUCUGGCCGCUUUGGCCAGCCUGGCACCCGGUAAGAACCAAAUCUGA